AUGUGUCGCCAAUAUUUCACACUCUACGAAUGGUGCCAAUGCGAAGAAGAUGCCGGCACCAGCGGCUGCGCCGGUGUGCGCCGCAACAAUUGUCCCGGUGUCAGUGUCGAGACUGUGCAUAUGCAUUGCUUCUGCAACUCCCAUGCGACCCGAGGCUUCAAGUCGGAGAAGCAGACUCGCAAGGAAGAGAAUAAGGUGCGCCGCCGGUCUGAGGACUCUAUGGAUGAAAAGGCUUCCUUUGGGCGUCGGUGGUAUCAAUGGUAUCAGUGGAGGGGUCUGCGAUCUCGUGGAUUUUAA